AUGUUAAGAAUGAUGAACAAUGAUGCUCUAAUUCAUCAUAGUUGUUCUAUGAUCAACAUUAAAAGUCUUGACGUAGAUCGAUAUCGUCAAGAAGCUAUAGCUCAACAUAAUAUAUAUCGAGCACAAUGUAAGGCUGGUGAUUUACAAAAAAAUGCAACACUCGAUCAAAUAGCUCAAAAUUGGUGUGAACAACUAGCAGCAACAAAUCAAUUUAAUCAUAGUGGUACAAUAGAAUAUGGUGAAAAUAGUUAUAAAAAAACUCCAUUCGAUUUUAAUAAUGAUAGUGGUGCAACACCUGUCAUAACUUGGUUUAGUGAAAAACCGAAAUAUACUGUAACAGAUCCAACAAAUGCUUUACAUUUUACACAAGUUGUUUGGAGAAGUACAAAAUUUUUUGGUUUAGGUGUAUGCAAUGCACCCACUGGGGGUGUGAUCUUUGUCGCUAACUAUUAUCCAAGAGGAAAUUAUAAAGAUCAAUUUGCUCAAAAUGUACUUUGUUAA